GAGGGAACCACCGAUAAAGACAGCCAUUGUCGGCCUAUGAAUUUGUCUUGCAGGAGGGGUGUCUCGAGAAUCAUCGUACGAAGUUUUAAUGUUUUCGCCAAUUCCCAUGUUGUUCAAUCAUGGAAUUUCCUCUCCGAGAAUCCCGAGUUUGAGGAAUCGGAUCGAAUCCGCCAUGCCCACCAAGUGUUUGACGAAAUUCCCGAGAUGGAUGUCGUUUCUGCUACGGCAGCGAUCGGCAGCUUCAUGAAGCAAAACCGACAUGAGGAAGCGAUAUGUCUCUUCAAAAGAUUUUUUCAUCUGGGUAUCAGACCAAAUGAGUUCACAUUUGGCACAGUGAUCGGUUCGUCCACAUUACUGAGGGAUGCCAAAUUGAGCAGGCAGCUCCACGCUUGUGCGUUGAAGAUGGGUAUGUCUUCGAAUGUGUUUGUCGGAAGCUCAGUUCUGAACUGUUAUGUCAAGCUUGCCUCGUUAGAAGAAGCUCGGAAGGCGUUUCAGGACACCCAUGAGCCGAAUGUGGUUUCAAGAACUAAUUUGAUUAGUGGGUAUCUUAAAGAUAACAACUUUGAGGAAGCUCUUUUAUUGUUUGGGGAAUUGGCCGAGAAGAAUGUGGUUUCGUGGAAUGCAAUGAUUGGCGGGUGUAGCCAAACCGGACGAAAUGAAGAAGCUGUGAAUUUGUUCGUAGAGAUGUUAAGGGAAGGUAUGGUGCCUAAUGAAUCCACAUUCCCUUGUGCGAUAACCGCAGUGUCCAAUAUACCUUCCCAUGGAACAGGGAAGAGCUUUCACGCUUGUGCAAUCAAGUUCUUAGGACAGCGGCUUAAUGUCUUUGUCGGGAAUUCUCUGAUUAGCUUAUAUGCAAGAUGCGGAAACAUGGAAGAUAGCCUACUGGUUUUCACUAAGCUACAAGAACGUAACGUUGUAUCAUGGAACUCCAUAAUCUGGGGAUACGCCCACAACGGAAGAGGAAGCGAGGCUGUAGCCAUUUUCGAGAGAGUCAACAAACAAUCAAACCUAAAACCCAACAGGGUCACUCUUCUAGGACUGUUGUUUGCUUGUAACCACUCCGGUCUGGUGGACAAGGGUUGUUUCUACUUCAAGAAAGCUGUAAAAGAUGAUCCCAACUCAGUAAAACCCGAGCAUUAUGCUUGUUUGGUGGACAUGCUCUCAAGGUCAGGGCGGUUCAAGGAAGCAGAAGAGUUUAUCCAUAAUUUGCCAUUCGACCCGGGAAUCGGGUUCUGGAAGGCAUUACUGGGUGGAUGUCAGAUCCAUUCAAACAACCCUUUGAGCGAACUAGCGGCUUCGAAGAUCAUAGAACUAGAUCCGAGAGACGUUUCAUCGUUUCUUAUGCUCUCGAAUGCCCACUCUGUUGCAGGGAGAUGGCAUAAGGUGUCGGAUAUUAGGAGGGAGAUGAAGGAAAAGGGUAUGGUUCGUGUUCCGGGAUGUAGUUGGAUCGAACUCAGAGGUAAGGUUCGUGUCUUUGUCACUGCUGAUAAGAACAAGGAGCUCAAAGGUGAGAUUUAUGGAGUCUUGAAGGUUUUGGUUGAGCACUUGAGUGAGUUUGAUCCGUUUAUUUCCGCCAUUGAUGAUGACUUCUUGUACUGAAUGUUUGUUCCUAUAGAUGAAUCGUGAAAUCAUUGAUUCAGUUC